CGUCUGUACAAUAUCUAUUAUUAAGUCUUUUAUCGACAUCCGUUUCGUUCGAAGCGCCCAGCCCCGGGAACGCACACACAAGGUGAACAGUAUCCCAGGGCCAGGCCGAGGGGGGGAAGCCUCCCGAGAUCAGGAUGUGAUCCCGCAGCUUCUUCCGCCCACGGCAACCACCCCGGGCCCAUGGCACGGAAAACCCAGGUGUGGUCCAUCUUCGUUUCUUCCUAUUUCCCUCCUCUUCCCUGCGGCGCUUCUUUCCAAGCAAGCGCCGCCCGCUCCUUCUCGGCCUUGUUGUUUGUCCUUAUAUCUCGUUCCCACCACCACCACGGCAGCGGCUGGUAGCGGCACGAUUAAGUCGUCCCGGCCCAGUCCCGUCCCGAUCCCACCGCAUUAUCAUUACUACCCGUUGUUCGCCCCGUCGGCUCACAAUCCAUCCUGCCUCAUCCGCUUUUCCGCUCCUCACUUCCGUUUCCCAGACCCCAACCAACGGUAUGGUAGCUGAGAAACGACGCGGGGUGGAAGAAGAGGGGGGGGUGGAAGGGCGAGUCAAAACGGGGGGAUGAAAUAAAAAGCAACGAGGAAGAGGAAUAUUAAGAAUAAAAAAGCAACAAGGCUGACCUUCCCCAGCCAACAGGAUCCCCAAAACACCCCUUCCGUCCAUCCACCCAGCCGCAACCGAUGCGGAUGCACCAGCACUUCACGCCCCUUCCUUUGCGCCGUCACCGUUGUCAUGCCAUGCCAAGCCAAGCCAUGCAAAAAGAAGAAUGCCCAGAAAAAG